AUGUUAAAGAUUGUGCUGAAAUACACUACAGUAAUGGAGAUGCAAGCAGCCGAAAAGAAAACCAGCGAGAGACCAAAAUGGGACAACAAAAUUCAAUACCUGCUCACGUGCAUCGGCUUCGCCGUGGGACUCGGAAACGUGUGGAGAUUUCCAUACCUGUGCCAGAUUUAUGGAGGAGGUGCAUUUCUGAUCCCGUAUUUGAUUGCACUGGUGUUUGAGGGUUUACCUCUGCUCUACCUGGAGCUGGCGAUUGGACAAAGUCUCCGCAAGGGGAGCAUCGGAGUGUGGAACUCAAUCUCACCCUACCUGGGGGGAGUUGGUGUGGCUUCGAUGGCGGUCUCCUUCCUUGUAGGGUUGUUCUAUAACACCAUCUUGGCCUGGGUUCUCUGGUACUUCUUUAACUCAUUCCAAGAGCCGUUGCCUUGGUCACAGUGUCCUUUGAAUGAAAACCAGACAGAACACGUGUCGGAGUGUAUUGCUGGGACUCCAGUAAAUUAUUUCUGGUAUCGUACGACUCUGAACAUCACACCAGACAUCAGCUCAAGCGGCUCGCUGCAGUGGUGCCUGGUGGUGUGUGUCGCUACCGCGUGGUCCAUCGUCUACAUCUGCUUCAUCCGCGGCAUCGAGACCAUCGGCAAGGCGGUUUACGUAACAGCUACAUUUCCUUAUGUGGUGUUAACAAUUUUUCUUGGACAAGCUCUCACACUACCUGGAGCCACUGAUGGACUGCAGUACCUUUUUACACCAGAUUGGCAGGUCCUGUUAAACCCUCGGGUGUGGUUGGAUGCUGCCACUCAGAUCUUCUUCUCUCUGUCUCUGGCAUUUGGAGGCCUCAUCGCCUUCUCCAGCUACAACCCUAAACAGAAUAACUGCGAGCGAGACGCUUUGUUAGUGGGCUGCAUUAACAGCGCCACAUCACUCUACGCCUCCAUUCCUAUUUUCUCUAUUUUGGGAUUCAAAGCUACAACAAACUACAACACUUGCAUUCAAAGUAACAUCCUCAAGCUGACCAACGAGUUUAGCAUCUCUGAUCAGAACAUCACGCUGGAUAACUACAAGACCUGGCUGAACUACUUAAACAGCUCGUAUCCUGAUCGGGUGGAGAACCUGGCGCUGAGACACUGCGAUCUGCAGAGGUUCCUCGAUCAGAGUGCAUCAGGAACAGGUCUGGCCUUUAUCGUGUUUACGGAGGCAGUGACGGAGAUGCCGGCAUCUCAGGUGUGGGCCGUGCUCUUCUUCGUCAUGCUCUUCAGCCUCGGCCUCUCCUCCAUGUUCGGCAAUCUGGAGGGAGUUCUCGCACCACUGCUCGACCUCAACAUUCUGCCCAGGUGGAUCCCAAAAGAACUCUAUACUGCUGUAAUCUGUGUGGUAUCGUUCCUGGUGGCUCUGAUCUUCACCAUGGGAUCAGGAAAUUACUGGCUGGAGAUUUUUAACAGUUACGUCGGCUCUGUGCCACUUCUCAUCAUUGCCUUCUUUGAAAUCAUUGCUGUGGUCGGUUUCUACGGAAUGGGACGGUUCAGUGAGGAUAUCCAGGUUAUGACGGGACGAAAGCCAAAUAUAUUCUGGCAUGUGUGUUGGAUGGGGAUCAGUCCUGUGAUGCUGCUGGUGGUGUUGGUGGCGUAUGUGGUGGUGCAGGUUCAGGUUCAUCCAGAGUACCCCGCCUGGAACCCCCAAUACGCAGAGUUCCCAGAAGCGGAGAUGAAGCCGUACCCUGACUGGGUGUUUGUGAUCUGUUUGUUGCUCUCGUGUCUCCCGGUGAUUCCCAUCCCCAUAGUAGCUCUGUAUCGCCUCAUCAAACGCCUCACACACAAUCAAACACACACACACGUACGUCCACAGAACCCCUACACCAACUCCACCUAUGUCCCAGACCCAUAGACCACCACGCCCCGUCAUCACCUACAG